UAUUAAUGUAUCAAAUUGAGGUUGGAAAUAUAAAUAAAGAUUUUGAAGUUGGAAAUAUGAAUAAAGAAGAGAUUAAUUAGAUACUAGCAAAAUAUGCCUUUAAAUGUGAAAUCUGUUUUAUAGAAGAACCUGAAUAAUAAAAAGAAACUGAAUAAUAAAAAAAAAAUGAAUAAUAAUAAAAAAAAAAUGAAGUAAGACUUGUAGCUGCCAAAGUUACAUCAUAAUAACCUAUUAGAAAAUCUUAUAUUGUAGUUUGCCCAGAUCAUUUUUUAAAUAUCGAAGGCGCUCUUGAAAAAUUCUUAUCUAUUUCAAAGAUAAAAUACUCAGUUUAAUAAAUAGAUAUUAAAAAGGCUAAACUAGUAACAAUACCUGAUAUCAAUCUAAGAGAUGCCAUUCAAUCUAUAUAAUAUAAUUACUGUUGUAGAAUACUCAAAUUAAGACUUUCAAAAACAGAUACAUAAAUAUAAAUGCUUAAUUGUGAUAAUCUGGAAUAGACUAUAGAAAAUGCUUUUGAAUAGAAAAAGAAAGAGCUUGAAACAACUUAAGAAAAAUUCAAAUAUUAUGUUGAAAAUUAAGAUAAGAUGAGUAUGAGAUAGAAAUUUUUAAUUUAUCAUUAUUACUUAAGACUAUAAAGAAAAUCAAAAUUGCAAUAAGAUGACCUUAUAUUAAAAAAUGACCAAGAAGUUGGUGGACUUUCAAUGUCAAUAUCUAUUCCUUUUGCAGACCUAGAACCUAAAUGA